AUAUAUCAUAUUUUCACGUCGGAACAUAGACAUUCUUGAAUGGUACGUGUAACCGUAUAAAACGGAAUCAUUCAGAUUGCAUAAGGACUUAAUCAUUAAAUCCAAUAGAUCCCGCAUAAAGGUAUGUUUAUCAUCAGUUCCAUGCACUUCGUUUUUAUUGAGACACCCUGUAUACCUGAGAUUAUCUUAAUGAUUUGAAAGCAUUAAAAGAUGAAAAGAUACAGAACAUCGUUCCUGGCAUUAUUGUCCAAGCUGGUGGCUAUAGAACAACUAUAAAUUGUUCUUCUAUGGAGAAAGAGUACAAGGAUGUGACUAAAAGAGCUGCCCGGGAAGGAUACGAAAAAUUAAAGGAGGAAGGAGGUACAGCUGUUGAUGCUGUGGAAGCGGCUGUUCGCGUUUUUGAGGACAGUGAGCUGAUUAAUGCCGGUCGAGGGUCGGCGUUGAACUGUUGUGAUAAAGUGGAGUGUGAGGCUAUGAUUAUGAAUGGAGAGGAUGUAAAAACAGGGGCGGUGAUGAAUGUAAGUCGUUUCCUCCAUCCUGUUUCCCUCGCGAGGAAAGUCAUGGACGAGUCCCCUCACUGCGCAAUAAGUGGAGAUGACGGAGCACUUGAAUUUGCCAAGGAAAAAGGCUAUCCUGAUUGUAAACCAGAAGAGCUUAUAGGGUCUGAGUAUCCUGAGCAGAAAGUUAAGAUUAAAAACAGUGAUUUCGAUGAAUAUGGGCAUUUCAUACAUACCGGAGAACCAGUAAAAGAACGUCGUAGCGAAAAAAAACUGAAAGAUGACUACGACACGGCAUCUGCCGUCGCUAUUGAUGCUCAGGGAAAUCUGGCAUGCGCGACAUCCACAGGUGGCAUUGCUGGAAAACUUAAAGGUCGUGUUGGUGACGCGCCUUUGGUUGGUUGCGGAGGUUAUGCAAAUGAAUUCGGGGCAGCAACAACGACUGGACAUGGUGAACGUAUGAUCAGAAUGACCGUAGCAAGAGAAGCCGUCUAUAAUAUGGAAAGAGGACUGGGAGCUAAGGAAUCUGCACAAAAAGCCCUAAAAAGAAUGAUAGAUCGUGUGAAAGGUCAUGGUGGCAUAAUUGCAAUUGAUCGUGAAGGCAACUUCGGAAAGGUUUGCAAUACUGUUUUAAUGGUUUGGGCGAGCAUCAAGGAUGACAAGCUGGAGUUUGGUCUUAAAGCUGAGGGAAUCGAGGAAUCGCUGCCCUCUUCAGACACCACUGAAUAA